GACGUUCACCCGAACAAAACCACGCGACACCGCGAAUGUAAACAGAAACAAGUUGAUUUCCAGGGAGCCGGUUUUCGUAAAAUUUAGUUAAUUUCCGUACAAAAAUCCUUUCAAAAUGUUAACGAAUCGUGUUUUUAUGAAGAAAACUAGGAAAGGCGGAAUAAUCAAGGUCGUGCGGGAGCACUAUCUGCGCGAUGACAUCGCCUGCGGAAUCGCCUCGUGCGGAUUGUGCAUGCUGACCGAGUCGCGGACCAGUCUGGACCGAGUGCCGGAGUUCAGUAGCAACGCUUUCACCGGACCGCACUACCUGAUGCUGGAUACGAAUGUGAUUUUGUAUCAGAUCGAUUUGCUGGAAUCGGACGCGAUCCGGAACGUGAUCGUGCUGAGUACAGUGCUGGAUGAGGUCCGACACCGGAGUCCGGCGAUUUUCAAGCGGCUGAGGAAAAUUGUGGCCGAUCCGGGGAGGAAGUUUUUCACGUUCGUGAAUGAGCACCACAAGGAGACGUACCUGGGGAAAGGGGUGGGCGAGUCGGCCAACGAUCGGAACGACCGGAUGAUCCGGAGGGCGGCCGUUUGGUAUGGGAAGCAUAUCAGGGAGGAAGAUAAGGAGAAUAGGGUGCGGGUGGUUGUGCUGACGGAUGAUGCGGAGAAUAGGCGCAAGGCGAAAGAGGAUGGGCUGCUGGUGGCAUCGGUUGCGGAUUACGUGGGAUCGCUGAGUGGACAUCCGGAGUUGAGGGAUAAGGUGUUCAAUACGGAGAAGUGGCAGGAUGAGUCGAAGAUCAUAUUCUCGGCACAUUUGACGACGACACAGAUUCACGAGGGGAUCAAGAAGGGGGAGCUGCUGCAGGGAGCAUUCUUUGCCUCGAGGGACAAUUUCCUGGAAGGAAAUGUUCGGGUGGAGAGCAUCGAGGAACCGGUGCUGAUUCAAGGCCGAUUGAAUCUCAAUCGUGCGGUGGAUGGAGAUGUGGUAGCUAUUAAGCUACUUCCGAAGAGUGAAUGGAAGUGCCCGAGUGGGGUGGUUCUGGUGGACGAACAGGCGGUGGACAGUGAAGCCGUGGAAACUGCGGAUCCGGAGUUUGAGCAGAAGGAUGGUGAGGAUCGGGUUCCAACCGCAACCGUGGUCGGUAUCAUCAAGCGGAAGUGGCGUCAGUACUGCGGAAUAUUGGCCGCUAAUCCGAUGGCGUCGUCUACCAGGCAUCUGUUCAUUGCGUCGGACCGGAACAUUCCUCGGAUUCGGAUUGAGACCCGACAAUCGGCGCAUCUGAUUACGCAGAAAAUAGUCGUGGCCAUCGAUUAUUGGCCAAGGCAUUCCAAAUACCCCAUUGGCCACUUUGUACGCGCGUUGGGUGGUAUCGGAGAGAAGGAUACGGAGAAUGAGGUAAUUCUGUUGGAGCAUGAUGUUCCCCACGGCAGCUUCUCGGCGGAAAUCCAAGCUCAACUGCCCAAGCUGCCUUGGACUGUUGAUCCGGAAGAGUACAAAAAGCGUGUGGAUCUGAGAGAUAUUACCAUCUGCUCGGUGGAUCCUCCGGGUUGUACGGAUAUCGACGACGCGUUGCACGCCAGAAGGCUGGGCAACGGAAACAUCGAAGUCGGAGUUCACAUCGCCGAUGUGACCCAUUUUAUCAAACCCGGAACUCCGUUGGACAAGGAAGCUGGCCUCAGAGCAACAACAGUCUACCUAGUGGAUAAACGAAUCGACAUGGUUCCGGAUGUUCUCAGUUCUAAUCUCUGCUCGCUCCGAGGAGGGGAAGAGCGGUUGGCAUUCUCCUGCAUCUGGGAACUGGACGACGGGGCUAACAUCAUCAACACCAAGUUCCACAAAUCCGUCAUCAAAUCGAAAGCGGCGUUGACCUACCAGGAGGCACAGCUUAUCAUUGACGAUCCCACCCAAACGAAUCAGACCGCUCAAUCCCUCAGACUCCUGAACAAGUUGGCCAAAAUCCUGAAAAGGCGUCGUAUUGACAACGGGGCCCUCGUCCUGGCCUCCCCGGAAAUCCGCUUCAACAUCGACAGCGAAACGCACGACCCCAUCGACGUAGUCGCCAAGAAGAUGCUGGACACCAACUCCAUGGUCGAGGAGUUCAUGUUGCUGGCCAACGUUUCGGUCGCGGCCAAGAUCGAGCGAGAAUUCCCCGAGUGCGCUAUGCUCCGUCGCCACCCCUGCCCACCGGACGCCAACUUCGAUCCCCUCAAAAAGGCCGCCUCCUACCAGGGAUUCGAAAUCGACACCUCCAGCGGAAAGAAGCUGGCCACCAGUCUGGACCUCGCCGUCAAACCGGACAACCCCUACUUCAACACGCUUCUUCGAAUCCUCGCCACUCGCUGCAUGAUGCAGGCCGUCUACUUCAUCAGUGGUACCAUCCAACAGCAAGAAUACUUCCACUACGGUCUGGCCUCGCCCAUCUACACCCACUUCACCUCUCCGAUCCGACGUUACGCCGACGUCAUCGUCCAUCGACUUCUGGCCGCGUGCAUUGGAGCCGACGCCACCUACCCGGCCCUUCUGGACAAACAGGCCAGCUCCCAACUAUGCAACAACCUGAACUACCGCAACCGGAUGGCCCAGUACGCCGGGCGAGCAUCCGUGGCCCUCCACACGCACCUUUUCUUCCGCGAUCGCUCCGAGGACGAGGAAGGCUACAUCCUGUUCGUCAAGAAGAACGCCAUCCAGGUGAUCAUCCCCAAGUACGGCCUCGAGGGAACCAUCUACGUCGCGGGUAAGAACAACGAGAAGCUCAAAAAGGACGGCCCGACCUUCGUCUACAACGAGGAAACGCAAACCCAAUCCUGUGGCGCGGUGGAGUUCCAUGCCUUCGAUCCGAUCACGGUCCGGCUCAGUUUGGAUUCGACCAACGUGCAGCACCAGCGGUUGGUGUUCGAGCUGGUCACGCCGUUCAUCGAGGGGUUCAGUGUUCCGCCGCUGGAGGGCGGUGCCUCGAACGGAGCUGCCGCCAAGCGGAAGGGGGAUAAGGCGGCUGUGGAAACCGGUGAGAAGGCGACCAAGAAAAGCAAGAAGGGUAAGUUUUGAUGGGGUUGAAUUCUGAUGCACUGAAACU